GGGGGGAGUAGAGAGCGCUCGGUUUCCAGUCCGCCCUGGAAUGGAGUCCGCCGACGGCUCGGGUAGUGCUGUUAGCGCUCGCAGCCCGGAGAUGGGCUCCGACCCGCUGUGACAGGAUCGCUCGGUACACGGGAGAGGGGAGCAGCCGAGGGGCGCGGGGACCCGGGCGCGGCUUGAGACGGCGGAGGAGCAGCAGCAGCAGCCGUCCCGCAGGCCCUGGACUGCCGACAGCGGUGCGGUUCACACGGCGGCGCCCUCGUCGGUCCCAACAACCGGCUGAUGGGCGCCUGGUCGGAGGGUCCACAAUAUUGUUAGAGUGGGGGACUUCCCUCAAGCGUUGCCCACCUUAAAGUUAAAACUGGUGUGCUUCCAAAAAAUGCCACAAGUAAAUGAAGAAAGUGAGAGGUUAGGGCCAACCAAGGAGGGCUUUAUUCCACCAGACAACAAACAGCAGCUAUUCUGUGAGGACUGUCAAGAGUUCUUUGAGGAGAGCUGUCCAGUGCAUGGUCUACCACCUUUUAUAAAAGAUACUCCAGUGGAGCUUGGAUUACCAUGUCGGGCCUUCUACACACUCCCUGCUGGUCUGGCAGCAGGACCUUCCCAGACUCAGGAAAACCAGCUGGGCAUCUGGUGUGUUUCUAAGGCACUUCCCAGAGGAAUAUUCUUCGGACCUCUAGAAGGAAAACUGGAAUGUGACGAUAUGGUUGGAAGAGCAUCUUUCAUUUCAAAGAAGCUUGGAGACGGUGAUGAAAAAGCAGGAGAAGCUCAGGUCAACCAGUCGCUCUCAAACUGGAUGAGAUAUGCAAACAAAGCAAGAACAAAAGAAGAGAGCAAUGCAGUCAUUUUCCAGUUUUAUGGGAAGAUCUACUAUCGGGUUUGUAAAACUAUUGAAUUGGGCCAAGAGCUUCUAUUAUGGCCUGAGGAGAAGCAGCUUCAAACAGCACUGGAGCUAAGUAACACACAGGACAAUGAAACUGUCAAUGUUUGCACAGAUGUAUUGGAUAAAGAGCCUGAGGACAGAAUACCGGGAGAUGCUGCUGAAGAGUCAGCUGAGGUAUCUCAAUCUAUGCAACUGUGCACCAAGCUAACUGUAGAAGAAAAGGAGCCAGAAUGUAAGAACAUGGUGAAAAUCGAUCAGCCUGUUAAAAGGUCGCAGCGGCUUCAAAUCAAACGUGAAAUUCAGAACAAACUGUCAGAGAAGAAAGUGAACCGGCUUGCUUUGAAAUGCAGAUCAAAGUUAAGCAGGGCCAAAAGCACUGAGCAAGCAGUUAUUUCCUCUAAACAGGAUGACACUGAGAAGCAGAAUGAAUCUGGGAUUUACAAACAGGCACAAGAUGCUAGUGACAUUGAGGUUAAAAGGUUGAAGAAAAAUAAUCAGUUUGGACUCGGUGAGAGGACUUUGCGAUCAUCAAUAUGCAGCAAGACCCUUGGAAGUUCUGCAGCUGGAAGAGCUCGAAUGAUACACACUGGACUCUGUUCAAACAUGCCAAAAGUGCAGGCAACACAAGAGGACGUACAGAAAAAGAACAUGAGGAGGAAAAAAAAGUUGAGGUACAAUCAGAAAAGGAAUAAUGAGGGCAUAGAGGUGUGCUGUGAGCAAAACACAGAGACCAAGCCAGCUGAGGAUUGUGGGGAAGCCAAAUCGGGUGGAGAUUUGCCCAUGUGUCACAUGAAGGGGGAGGGGCAAAAACCUCCAGUGGAAAAUGGAGAUCAUGUUCGAGCAAAGGAAAAUUCCACGGCUAAAAGCAAAUUGGAGGGAAGUAAGAAGUUUUGUCGACGUGACAGUUCCCAGAUUGACCCCAGUGAGAGGAGGUACCGGUGUGACGACUGUGGGAAAGGUUUCAUCCAGUUAUGCCACCUGAAGAAGCAUCGGUUCACUCACACGGGGUACAAACCAUACAUGUGCAAUGAGUGCGGGAAGCGCUACAGCUCUGAGGAGAGUUUUAAAGCCCAUCAGAUGCUACACAGAGGGGAGCGUCCGUUCAAGUGUCAGCAGUGCGACAAGGCCUAUGCAUUGAAACGAGAUCUUCGAGAGCACGAGCGGGUUCAUUCAGGUGAACGUCCAUUUGUAUGCAAUGAGUGUGGAAAGGCAUUUGCCAGGCCACCGUCUCUCCGGAUUCACAAGAAGCUCCAUCGCCUCAAGGCAAUGAACCUUGGCAACCCACGGGCCUGCCGCUGCAGUGUGUGUGACAAAGAGCUGGCCAAUCCCGGCUCACUGAAGAACCACAUGAGGUUGCACACGGGCGAAAAGCCGUUCACUUGCACGUACUGUGGCAAAGCCUUCAGGCAGAUUGGCAACCUCCGGGGGCAUCAGCGAAUCCACACUGGGGAGAAACCAUACAAAUGUGAGGACUGUGGUGAGUUCUUCUCCCAGUUGCCUGAACUGCGCAGGCACCGCAUUUCACACACAGGGCAGGUCUACCUUUGUACAAUAUGUGGGAAAACAUUGAGGGACCCACAUACCUUCAGAGCUCAUGAGCGCCUGCAUACGGGUGAGCGACCUUUUAAAUGCGAUCAGUGUGGAAAGGCCUAUACCCUUGCAACCAAGCUCCGGAGGCACCAGAGGAUCCACUUGACUGAAAAGCCAUUUAAGUGUGAUAUCUGUGGCAAGGGGUACACCAUGACCCAGAGCCUAAAGAGACACAGGAUGUCCCACAAGAAAAGCGAAGCACGAAGUUUAGGGGAGGUCGCAGAAGCCAUUGCCUCCUUGGAGAAAGAAAGCUCUGAAAGCAAACCUCUUGCAGUAGCACCGAAACGAGUUAGGAAAGUGGGUUUAAAGACUGCUGGUCAAGAGAGCAACAAUUCCCUCCGAAAUGAAAGUGUUGUUUUAAAUCUUUAUGUGCACACCAUUGAAAUGGUAGAAAUCCCAAGCGGGGAGCAUGAGGAGAAUGUGACAGUAGGUACUGAAAGCCAGAGUGCAAGUGAACAGAGCAUUACAUUCCAGCAGGUGGAGCGCAGUGUAACUGUGGAGUCAGGAGGAGUGGUCAAAGACAAUUCGCAAGAUGUAAUCACUCAGGCUUUAGCAGGAAGUCAACGACGCGGGAAUGAAGAUAUCAUAGAAAUAAUUAUUCCAGACACAGAGGAUUACACUAAUGAAGUUACUUCCCGAAAUUGUGCUGAUGUAGAGCAGGAGAAAUUGGCCAACAAUGCUGUUGUUAUUGAGGAGGACAUUGGAUUUAAUGCUGUAGCUGAGAUAGUAGAGAUAUCAACUGGAAGUUGAGCUCCAAUAACAAUGUCUUUAUUAGUGUGUUCAACUUUGUAUUAAAAGUGUUUAGUGUGUUUGGGAACCUGAAGCAGUUACAUUUUAGAUCUUGCGUGACAGUAACAAGUCUUUCUGCAGUACGACUGAUUUGACUGCCAUUGAUUGUACAGACUUUGGAAGCAGUGUCCUUGCACUCAAUUGCACACAUUUCUUUGCAAGUGUAAUUAUGUAAAUCAUUAUAGGUUUUUUAUAGUGGGUUUAUUUAUAAUCCUGUGCCAGAAUUAAGGCUGUACUUGAUAAUGAGCAUGUUUGAGAACAUCGCUUGGAAAUAUUGUCUGCAAUGGCUGUCAAACUAACUCCAGUGCUUUCAAUACAAAACUAAUUCGUUUUACAGCGAAAAGGAAAAAGGCUGCUGAACCACUAGCCUCUGGUCAUUUUUGUUAAUGUUGCAAUAUGCACAAAACUAGUUUUUCCUGGUUAUGACAUUUAGAGUAUCAGUCAAAACGUCAAGAUACAUCAAAUUUAUUAUUCCUUGGAUGUGAAAAAAAAUCAGUGGUAAUCAAUUGCAAGGAAGGCAUUCUGCUCACAGGGUCAAAAACUGAUUUAAUGCAAUCCUUAAAAACCCUAUAACACAAAUUUGUUUAAAGGAGCAGUUGAAAUAACUUCAAAACCCAUGUCAGGAUUUGAACACUGACUGUAGAUUAACGCUAAUGAGUUCCAGACACUGGGAUGGUAAUCCAGAGGCCUUGACUAGUAGCAUAAAGAACAUGGAUUCAAGUGUCAGGUUAAGAAUUUGAAUUCAUUUCAAACCUUCUGGAAAUAAAAAAAAACUGCUAUCAAUAAAAAUGAUCACAAAU